GAAGUCACUUUUACAAGCAGAGUGCUACUGACAGAGAGAAAAGAGCGCACUGAAACUAACCUGAACUAACAAUGUUCGCCAGAUCAGACAGUCUGCUCCUCUCAAUCCCUACAAGCAACUUCUUCCAGCAGCAGCAGCCGCACUUUGAUUUCAGACCGAUGCGCAGCACCGAGCCGGAGAUCUUCACCUUCGAGCGGAUCCCCGAGACGCAACAGCCGUUCGCGCACCGCGGAGCUCCAGUGCGCCCGCGCAAAAGAAACACCCGGGUCAUGUACCCAGCACAAGUGCGCAAAUAUCUUCCACCGGUCGAGAAGAGCCGCGCCAAACGGUGGCUGUUCAUCCUGUGCCUGGUGGUUUUCAUGCAGAUCUACACGGAGGAGGGAACAGUUGAAUCAACGCAAGCUGAAGGUCCAGCGUGCACUGAUGCCACAACGUACAAUGUCCUCUCCUUCCAGUCCGCCGAGGAGCAAGCCAGACAGAUGAUGGGCAUGUCGGACCAGAAGCUCCAGGUCGGCAACGAGGAGAAGGAGAGCUUGAACCAGUUUCUGAACACUUCGUGCCCGAGCGCAACCUGUGAAGACGACGUGACUGCGCUUUACCAGCAAAGCAGGCGCAGUGGAUACGUGGUGGCUCUUCUCUAUCCAGUGUACCAUAGACUCGGCACAGAGAAGUGAAUGAAAUGAAAAUCACACUGGGACUAGACAAUUUCAAACAGUCUUGCUGGACUUGAAAGAGUUGAUGGAGCACAUGCUGAAAAGACAUUGGACUUGAAAACUUUAUAAACUUGAAUAUUAUUAUUGCAUUGUCGUGCAAAACGCAUUUUCACAUGAAGUGUAGAAAUGCAGUCUUCAAUGUCAAUGAUGUUUGUGGUGCUGAAUGCUGCCACUAACAAAAAUACUUGAAUCUCAUAUUGAAGAUUGAAUUGUGUUAAAUGAAGAAAUAAUGAUGUAGCUAUUUAUUUAAUGUUAUUUAUUUAAUAUUGACUUAUUUAUGUCUUGUUGUUUUGUGAAUAAAUGUGCCUAUUAAUGUCA